UAGUGCAGGAACAGAAAACAAGCCUAUUACGUCAUUACGCCGAAAUGACUGGUUUUCUAACCUGUACAACACUGUACAAUCGCUAACCAUAAAUCUGAUAUCUUGGAUCGUGGGGCAGAGCGACACUUUUUUCUAUCAGAUUCGUUCAUUUAGAGUGAAAACGCAUCGAAUGAGCUUAAUUUCGUCAAAAUCGGAGGUGCAGUGGGUAUUUUGCACAAUUACCUAAUAUUUUUUUGACAAAUUCUUUUAUUUCAUCCAAAACCGCGUUUAAUUAACCUACUUUCAUCGAGAUUGGAGUUUAACUUUUCUGUCCACCAAACAUAGUGUACAGAAUCAUGCAGUAUAACGAUUCGCAACAGAAGCGCCUAAUGGAAGCUUUCCGUACCGAUUGUCAAACGUUGAUAACGCGCUUUGAGCUGUCUUACAACACUCAUUUUCAAAACUUCUGUGAAAUUUGGAAAGAAAUGCAAUUUGGUUUCGUUUUUGCCUAUCAUCCUUCUGAAGCAGCAUUAACAGCAUUUUGCGAAGACGCUCUUUGCGUAACAAAACAGUUUCUGGUAAACGCAUCCAGUUUGAAGGAACGUAUCGGGGCUCUGUAUCUUAUGUACGGAAUAUAUUAUAAAAUGCCAGUGAAACAACUAAAGAUCAGAAUGACUUUGUCGGAUUGGAGUUGCUUAAUGGAACUGCACAGUCAAAUAAAAGAAGUGGAAUAUCUUGACGCUAACUAUAUUUUAUGCAAGCUGAUCGUCGAUCGUAUAUUUAUUCAUUGCAUUAGCGACAGCGAGUAUGGUAUCGAAAGACAUUUCUAUCAGAAGCAGGAACAGCCUAAGCUAGACGUAAAUUUGAUGCCAGAAAUCAAAGAAUUAGCGGCACCGGAGAAGCUACUAUCGACUAUCAGCAAGCUGAGCAAGGUUUACGAGGAAAAGAAGCGCACUUUAUAUGAUGUAGAAGGAGGUUCUGGUCUACAACUUUACGAUGCCAGUAUGGCAGACAACAUUGUCGAUGACAUUCGCACAAUACAAUCGGAAAGUAGAAUAUUUGUCAAAUCUGAUGUACCAAAUACUAGCUGCAGUAAAUCAUCGAUGGCACCAUCGACAUCAUUAAGCGAAACGAAUCACAAAGGUCACAAACGCAUUCGAGUUCGCAAGAAUCAAGUUCUAUCUAAAUUAGGCAGAGCAUUUGAAAAAGGAUUACAGUCUGAAGAAGAAUCGGAUCUGGAAGAGAUAUGAAGAAUCUCUUGACAUCGCUUCAUAAAAACUGCCGAAAAUUAUAACUUAAGAAUUAAUUUAAGUAUAAAUAAGGUGAAAGAGUUCAAAAUUAUAGACUCCUCUUUAGUUUCGUGAUUUACGUAAGUAAAAUUUGCAUUAUGUAAUGUACAAAAAGCGAAAUUCUGUUUGAAAUUGUGAUCUUAGAUUUAAUAAAACUGUGAUAAUUUUAUUUUUUUCUUUCUAAGAUUCAUAACAUAGUAAUUAAAUAGAUAAUCAAAGCUGUUAAAAAAUAAAUAUAGGAUAUUUCAGGCAAUAAAUAUUUUAUAACUAUAAAUUUCUUAUGAUAUUUUGAGAUAAAAAUUCGAAUACGAAAAUGUCAAACUUUAUAAGUUUUCAAAUAAAAAGAUUUUGAAAAUUA